GACGGUGAUCGGGACUGACGGGGUCAGCGAGGCCGGGGAAGGGUCUGAGCAGCAGCCACUGUUACACCCCCAGCCCCAGCGCUGGAGAGCGACACAAUUGCAGUCAGAAAAUGUCCUCGUCUCUUUUCUGAGCUUCACCCCCACGGUGCAGGACGACGGGGCGCGGGUCAGGUGCAGCUUCCACCACGAGGCCAGAGGGAUCCGAGAGCAGCGAGAGUCCAGGGAGAUCCGGCCGUGGGCCCCACCGCAGGUGUCCGGGAUCCAGGUGUUACCGCAGUGGGAGCCCCGGGAUGAGGUGCCGUUUGCCAUCCAGAUCGAGAACUUUUACCCCAGGGGGAUUCACCGGAUCCAGUGGAGCUGGGACGGGGCAGAGAGCGGGAGAGACGAGACCCCAGAAAUCAGCCAGAACCCGGAUCUCACGUUCAGUGCUACCAGCGUCUGGAGAAUCCCCAGUGACCAAAUCACCCGUCCGGAAUUUACAGUCACCAUGUCCGUUCAGCAAACCCCUCAGAGCCCCGCAAUCGAGACACAGAUCCGAGCCAGGGACACAGGUCUCCUGCGGCCCCCGGAGGUGUCGGAAAUCUCCCAGCCCGAGUCAGUGACGGCGGGGGAGGAAAUCACCCUGAGCUGCCGCGUGGUGGGGCAUUUCCCUGGGGAGCUGAGAGUGACCUGGCUCAGGAGGGGCUGGGGGGCCAGGGCUGCUGUUCCCCUGCAGGGCUCUGCCGAGUACAGAAUCGAGCCCGGAGCUCCCAACACACAGGACGGGAAAAGCUUCCAGCAGGAGACGAGACUCAGCUUCACCCCCUCGGUGCAGAGAGACCAGGGGGCCGAGUACGUCUGCCGGGUGGGACAUGUCGCCCUAGGGACCUCCCUGGAGAGACGCAGCCGGGAGCUGCAGGUGACAGCCCGGCCGCAGGUGUCCGGGAUCCAGGUGUCACCGCACUGGGAGCCCCGGAAUCAGGUGCCGUUUGCCGUCCAGCUCCAGAACUUUUACCCCAGGGGGAUUCACCGGAUCCAGUGGAGCUGUGAUGGGAAAAGCUGGGAAAAGUGUGAACCAACCGACUACAGCGAGAACCCGGAUCUCACGUUCAGUGCUACCAGCGUCUGGAGAAUUCCCAGCCGGGAUCUGAACCGUCCGGAGCUCAGAGUCCGAGUGUCCGUUCAGCAAAGCCCCCGAGAGCCCCGAAUCGAGAGAGAGAUCCGAGCCGGGGACACAGGUCUCCUGCGGCCCCCGGAGGUGUCGGAAAUCUCCCAACCCGAGUCAGUGACGGUGGGGGAGGAAAUCACUCUGAGCUGCCGCAUGACGGGGCAUUUCCCCGGGGCGCUGAGUGUGGCCUGGCUCAGGAAGGAGAAAUCAGCUGCAACCAGACGAUCUAUGCAACAGAGCAAGGGAGACACCCUGGUUCCUCUAGAAAACUCUCGGGAGUACAGAAUCCAGCCCGGAGCUCCCUGCACACAGGACGGGAAAAGCUUCCAGCAGGAGACGAGACUCAGCUUCACCCCCUCGGUGCAGAGAGACCAGGGGGCCGAGUACGUCUGCCGGGUGGGACAUGUCGCCCUAGGGACCCCUCUGGAGAGACGCAGCCGGGAGCUGCAGGUGACAGGUCAGUGUCUCUGUCUGAAAUCUCUGGUCACUGGAGCCUCUCGUCCAUUCCGGGGCUGA